AAAAACCCCAGCUGAAUUGAACACUUGCAGCCUUCUCAGGGUUUAUCACUGUCUUAAACCCUAGUCUACCUCUUUACCCUUCUCUCCCUCGUCUACAAUGGCGGCCUCUGAUCACAUCCAGGGCAUGAACGAUAUUUCUCUGAAGCCUCAGCUGCUCCGCUCCUUAUUGUCCGAGUAUGUUCCCACCGAAAAGCAUCCAUUUCGGAGGCCUUCCGAUCUCUCUUUCGUUGUCUCUGUCGUUAAAACUCAUCGGCUGUUGUCGGAGUCUGCCGCACCCUCCGUCGAUCAAAAGUUAAUUGAUAAUUGGAAAUCUGCCGUAGAUGCCUGGUUCAAACGUUUUCUCAAUCUUGCCUCAAGCAACAUGCCAGAUAAGUGCUGGGCUGGGAUAUGUUUGCUUGGGGUGACUUGUCAAGAAUGUAGUUCUGAGCGUUUCUUAGCUUCAUACUCUUCUUGGUUUAUCAAGCUCUUAUCAUAUAUUCAGUCCCCAGCAGAUUCUCACUUUGUGAAGGCAGCUUCUUGUGCUUCAAUAUCAGAUUUGUUUACAAGGUUGAGUGGGUUCACUAGUGCAAAGAAAGAUGGGAUGUCGCAUGCCACAAAAGUUAUUCAACCAGUGCUGAAGUUGCUAAAUGAAGAUACCUCAGAUGUUGUUUGGGAGGAAGCUAUUUCUCUGUUAUGCACAGUAAUAAAUGUCUUUCCUUCUUCUGUCCAAAGAUGUUAUGAUGAAGUUGAAUCUGCUGUUGUUUCAAAAUUCAUGUCAGGGAAGUGCAGUCAAAGUAUGUUGAGGAAACUAGGUAAUUGUCUGGCACUGCUUCCAAAGGCAAAAGGAGAUGAGGACAGCUGGUUAUUGAUGAUGCAGAAGAUCUUGCUAACAAUUAAUAAUCAACUAAAUGAUGUCUUUCAAGGUUUAGAGCCAGAGACUAGGCAUAAUGAAGCCAUGAGGUUGUUGCUUCCCCCAGGAAAAGAUGCACCACUACUAGGAGGUCAAGAUACGUCAAGAAAAAUCUUAGCAGAGACUAUGAAUAGGCCUGAACAUCAAUUGAUGUCCCGAAUUUCUAUAUUGAUGCUUUGUUGUUCUACCAUGCUUACUAGUACUUACCCUGUUCAAGUUGCUGUACCUGUACAUUCAUUAGUAGACCUCACUAAGAGAGUUCUGAUGGUAGAUGGCUCAGCUUCUGGCUUAUAUUCUUUCAUGACUACCAUGAAACAAGAAUUGGUUCUUUCGGAACUCCCUGUUCUGCAUUUGGGCAGCUUGGAGCUCAUCACUGCUAUUGUGAAGGGACUCCACAGCCAAUUAUUACCACAUGCUGCAGGUAUUGCACGGCUGCUCACAGAGUAUUUCCAAAGAUGUGUUUUGCCGGAGAUACGGAUAAAGUUGUACUCAAUAAUGAAAGUCCUGUUAAUGUCGAUGGGGGUUGGGAUAGCAGUACACUUGACAGAGGUAGUUAUUGACAAUGCUACUAUGGAUUUAAAUGAGGGGGCUACGGCUCCUGGUGAUCAUGCAAAGAUCUCUGUGGAGGCACAGCCACUGACCAACAUGAGGAAAAGGAAGCAUGCAAAUGCUAUGGGAGCUCAUGAAGACCAGCCUGAUGGGAAUGUCACAGAAGUAAAAGUGCAACAGGACUCAACUCUGAUAUCUGUGAAGAUUGCUGCACUAGAGGCAUUGGAAGCUCUUCUAACUGUGGGUGGCUCUUGGAGAUCUGAAAGUUGGCGUGCAAAUGUUGAUAACCUUCUUUUGGCUGUUGCUAAAAGUGCUUGCCAAGUAGGAUUUUCAAUAGAAGAGAAAAGCAUAUUUCUUUCUGGCACACCAACCGAUAGCUGGGCAAAUUUUCAACUUGCUGCUUUACAUGCACUUUUGGCUUCUCUUGUUUCUCCUCGUCUUGUUCAGUUAGCAAAUGCAGCCCAAUGUCUUGUACCUAUUCGCCCUCCUCAUCUAGCCCAAGGUCUUGAACUUUUUCGUAAAGGAAUGCAAGAAACAGGAACAAGACUUUCUGAAUUCUGUGCACAUGCUCUUUUGACACUGGAAGUGCUCAUACAUCCAAGGGCUCUUCCAUUGAUUGAUCACCACUCUCCCAUUGAUUAUGAUGGCCGAAAUCAGAGGAUUAUGGAUGGCAGGAAAUUAGGUGGCCAGAGACAAACUGUUACUUUUGACUUAGGAGCAUCAAGAAAUGGACCUGAUGAGCAAGAGUCAGAAGGCGACGAGCUCCAUGAAAAUUGGACAAGGAUUGAAAAUGAAAUAGAAGCUCCUUCAUCUGACCUUGCUAAGGAUAAAAGUAACUCGAUAGAACCUUCAGAUACCUUGAAUGAUCCAUCAUCAAAGAACCUUCCUUGUGAUGAUGCAUCUGCUGCAAAGGUUUCUGAGGGAAGUCAACUCAGGGAACCAGCUGCUGCUUCUGCAGUGGAACACUUGGUAAACAGAGACAACACCACGCUUGACCAACAGCACUCUCAAGAAGCAAGUAAGCAGCCCGGGGAGAAAUCUCCCGUUCAAGCUGGAACUUCUGCUCCUAUUGCAGAUGCCGAAAACCAUGCUAGAUCUGGUGCUUUCGUUUCAGGAAGCAGCGCAUCAGAUCCCAUGGAAAGUGACACGGCACCUUUGACUAAAAGCCAUUCAGGACUGGAAAAAGCUGCGGCCAGUGACAUGUUGGAAGGCAAAGAUGAUGGAUUUGAUUCAGCACUGAAUAAAGUUUCUUCUUCGGUAUCAAAUGCAGACAGCGGUGGUAAGGAGCCUAUGCAAGAAUCAGAUGAUGAUGACUCGGACUCCAUUCCUGAUAUCGUUGAUGUUGAACCUGAUGAUAGCGAGUAUGAAGUAUCAACUUGAGAGCGGUAAGUAAAGAAUUUUUGGAUUGCAAAUUUUCUUUUAAAAAUUCUUUUGUUAUAAAAUUAUAAUUGCUAGUUAUGCUUUGCUCAAGUAUGUACCAAUUUUCCCCUGAAGAUCUUAGACUUCCUAUCAGAAAGCAACUUAAAUUUUGCAUAAUUUCACUCA